AUGAAAACUACCAGUUGGAUUAGGAAGAACUGGCUUCUUGUAGCUGGCGUUUCUUUCAUAGGUGUCCAUCUUGGGACAUAUGUUAUACAGUGGGCUGCAAAACAGUCUGUAAAAUCUCAGUCCGGAGACAAACAAAAGAGUAUCAAAGAAUGAAGUAAAAUAAAAUUUGAAAUUACUAUGUCAUUAAAUCAUUUCAUGCUGAUUAGCUUCAUAAACAUGAAGCUUUUAAUUCUAUAACAAUGCAUAUCAUUCUUGAGGAAUACUUUUCUGAAAUGUUAAAAUAAAUAGAAAGCUAUGGUUAACAAAAUAAAAGCUGUCUUCACAAAUUA